AUGCAGUCACUCGUUCUCCUCGGCCUUCUGGGCAGCUCUGCCCUCGCACAUCCCGCUGUCUCAAGCGCGAACAAGAAGCCUUGGAAGCCAUCGCUGUCCAAGAGAUUGGUUGACCUCGACCAAUUUCGCCCGGGCACCGCUGCUACCUACAUCAACGCGACUGAGACCAACUCCAGCCCGGACACAAAGCUGAUCAAGCGUGAUGACUACGUCGCUACCGCCACCGCGCUCGUGAAGUCCAAGGCUCCUGAUGCCGAGUUCCGAGUCUAUGACAGCUACAUUGGCACAAACGGCAUUGGUCACGUCUACUUCCGUCAGACGAUAUUCGGCCUCGACGUUGACAACACGGACUUUAACGUGAACAUCGCGAAGGAUGGCUCAAUCUUUUCCCACGGUAGCAGCUUCUACGCUGGAGCUCUGCCAGAGAGCAGCCCCUUGACGAAGCGUGCCUUCAAGGACCCAAUAGCUGCUCUCAACGCCGCCAACUCUAUCCUGCAGCUCGACGUCAAGACUGAGGGCGCGACGACUGCCGCCAAGGACGGAGUUGAGACGUACACCAUUGCUGGCACUUCGGGAGCCGAGUCCGACCCCGAGGCCCGUCUUCUGUACUUUGUCAAGGACGACGGGACCCUGGCCCUGACUUGGAGAGUCGAGACUGAUGUCUCGAGCGACUGGCUGCUGUCGUAUGUCGACGCCGAGACGACUGAAAAAGUCUACGGUGUGGUCAAUUACGUUGCCCGGGCUCACAACCAUGAGAAACUGGUGCCCAAGCAGGCUGACAUCAGCGCCACCUACCUGGUCUAUCCUUGGGGUGUCAACGACCCUGACGAGGGAAGCCGCGUGGUUGUCAAGGACCCCUGGGACCUCAAAGACUCGCCCUUCACCUGGCACAACGAUGGUUCCAAGACUUACGACACAACCUGGGGAAACAACGCUGCCGCCCAAGCUAACCCCACCGGUGCUACAUGCGACACCUGCUACACGGACGACUACCGCCCAGAGUCUGCCACUUUCGACUUUGAGUAUGAUUAUUCACCAUCAAUGAGCGACCCUACGAGCUAUUACAAUGCAUCGAUCACCCAGCUGUUCUACACAGUGAACACAUACCAUGACCUCCUGUACGAGCUCGGGUUCACCGAGGCGACGUACAACUUCCAGGCCAGCAACUCGGGCAAGGGUGGCAAGGGCGCCGACUUUGCCAUUGUCAACGCCCAGGAUGGUGCCGGUACGGACAACGCUGACUUCAGCACGCCGGCCGACGGCAAGCCGGGACGCAUGCGCAUGUACUUGUGGGACCUGAGCACCCCGAUCCGCGACUGCACCUUCGAGGCCGGCGUCGUCAUCCACGAGUACACGCACGGUGUGUCAAACCGCCUGACUGGUGGCGGCACCAACACAAGGUGUCUGACUGGUAUUGAGUCGGGUGGUAUGGGCGAGGGUUGGGGCGACUUCAUGGCCACCGCUAUCCGCCUCAAGGAGGGUGACACGAGAGCCACCGACUACUCCAUGGGCGCGUGGGUUUACAACAACCCGGCCGGUAUCAGGGCGUACCUCUUCAGCACCAGCCUGCAGACGAACCCCUACACCUACGCGAGCGUCAACGGGAAGACCGAGGUCCACGGCGUCGGCACCAUCUGGACCACGAUCCUCUACGAGGUCCUCUGGAACCUGAUCGACAAGCACGGCAGCAACCCGGCUGCCAAGCCGACUUUCGACAGCAACGGUGUGCCCACCGAUGGCCGAUAUCUCGCCAUGAAGCUCGUCAUCGACGGCAUGUCUCUCCAGCCUUGCAACCCAACAUUUGUCUCUGCCCGCGACGCCAUCAUCGACGCUGACCUGGCCCUGACCGGUGGUGCGAACGCCUGUGAGCUGUGGACCGGAUUCGCCAAGCGAGGUCUCGGCCAGGGCGCCGUGUACAACUCUUCGAAGCGGACCGAGAGCUUUGUUGUCCCCAGCGGCGUUUGCUAG